AUGAAGAUAGUGAUACAAGAAGAAAGUCAAUCUGAUAUUCAAUCGAUUGAGGAUGUUACAAUUGAAGCAUUUGCUUCAGCUGAACAUACAAGUCACACUGAACAAUUUAUAGUGCGUUCAUUACGUAACUCUAACAUGCUUACAGUCUCUUUGGUUGCUAAAUGUGAAGAUACUGGUAAGAUUGUUGGUCAUAUUGCUGCAUCUCCUAUCACUAUCAACAACAAUAACAAUAACAAUAAUAACGAUACAGAUGUAAAUCAAUCAACAACAAUAACAACAACAACAACAAAAUGGUAUGGAUUAGCUCCAUUGUCAGUGUUACCAGCAUACCAAAACAAAGGAAUAGGUACAUUACUAGUGGACCGUCUUUUGAGGAGUCUCAAAGAUAUUGGUGCCGAUGGUUGUGUAGUACUUGGUAGUCCAAAAUACUAUGGACGAUUUGGUUUUAAAGCAGACUCUACUAAAUUAGUAUUACCCAACGUUCCACCAGAAUACUUUCAACUCUUACAAUUUAAUCAUGAUAGUAAUAAUAGUAGAGGUUGUAUUCCUAUUGGUAUUGUCUCUUUUCAUUCAUCAUUUGAUGCUGUCAAUUAA